AAAAAAAAAGUUAUAUAUACACAACCCUCUUGCAUUCUCACUUUCCUUCCAUAUAUUGAAACGAACCCGAGUUUGAGUUUGAGAGUUCGUACACUCUAGAAUGGCCUCCUCGGGCAAGAGCAAUGUCGUUUAUGCCGUUAGAACAGCAAUUCUGUUGUUGGCUCUGGUGAUAUUUCUUGGGAAUAUUAUGAUGUGGAUUAUUAUGCCAACUGAUACUUACUACAAUAUUUGGGUGCCUCAUCUCAUGGCUGCUACUAAUUCAACCUUCUUUGGAAUACAAGGUCCAAUCAUGAUGGAUUUCACAUUUCCCAUUUUGCUGAUUGCUGUUUUGGGAUGCUUUUAUCUGCAUCUUGGGAAGAAGGAAAAUGCUGUCACAAAAAGCAGCAAAGCAAGGAGUUUGAAGUUCAUGAGGCGACCGAUGAUUGUUAAGGGGUUUGGGAUUGUUACUCUAACAGAAAUUGCCCUUUUCAGCAUGUUCAUAGCUCUCUGUGUUUGGUAUUUUGGAGGCUAUCUGCGCCAUUGGUUUGAGCAAGUUCAUCAAAGGUCUUCGUCCAAACAUGAAAAAGUGUGGCAAACUAAGUUGGAUAGAGUAGGCAUAGUGACAGGAGUGACUGGAAAUUUGUGUUUGACAUUUUUGUUCUAUCCAGUCACAAGAGGUUCAUCCAUUUUGCCUAUGUUGGGAUUAACAUCUGAGAGAAGCAUCAAAUACCAUAUUUGGCUUGGACACUUGGCCAUGACACUCUUCACUAUUCAUGGUUCAAUCUACUUUAUUUACUGGAUCAUCACUCACAGAUUAUCAGAGGCGCUGAAAUGGGGUGACAACUACGUAUCAAACAUAGCAGGAGAGAUCUCACUCUUAUGUGGAUUGGUGAUGUGGAUUACAUCUUACCCUAAAAUCAGAAGAAAAAUGUUUGAGCUCUUUCUCUACACUCACUACCUCUACAUUUUCUUCAUGAUUUUCUUCAUCUUGCACAUUGGCAUUGGCUUUGCUUGCAUUAUGCUCCCUGGUUUCUAUCUCUUUGUUAUGGAUCGAUAUUUGAGGUUCUUACAAUCACGAAACAAAGCUAGACUUGUCUCCGCACGACUUCUCUCUUGCAACACAGUCGAACUCAACUUUUCCAAAAGUCCAGGUUUGAGCUACAAUCCAACUAGUACUAUUUUCAUAAAUGUGCCAUCCAUCUCUAAGCUUCAAUGGCAUCCUUUCACCAUCAUCUCAAAUAGCAACUUGGAGCCACAAAAGCUAAGUGUAUUGAUUAAAUGUGAAGGCAAUUGGACUAGAAGCCUCUAUGACAUGCUCUCUUCCCCUUCUCCUCUCCAUCGCCUUGAGGUGGCCGUGGAGGGGCCGUAUGGCCCAGCCGCCACUCAUUUCCUAAGGCACGACACGCUAGUGAUGAUCAGUGGAGGGAGUGGCAUCACUCCAUUCAUCUCCAUAAUCCGAGAGCUCAUCUUCCUCAACUCCACACUAAAAUGCAAAACCCCCAAGAUCAUUCUCAUCUCCGCGUUCAAGAACUCAUCACAUCUAUCCAUAUUAGACCUAAUCCUCCCAACUCAUUCCUCUCACACUCCCACCUCCAAUUCUUGCAACCUCGACCUACAAGUCGAGGCCUACGUAACCAGGGAGAAAGGGCAACACAAAGACCAAAUGGCAAAACCUCGUACACUUUGGUUCAAGCCAGAGGCGUGUGACAUGCCCAUAACACCCGCUCUAGGCCCCAACAGUUGGCUGUGCCUUGCUGCGAUAAUAUCAUCGUCUUUCGCCAUCUACCUCAUGCUGCUCGGGGUCUUCACUCAGUAUAUAGUCUACCCCAUUGAUCAAAACACCAACAUGCUCUAUUCCUACACCAAGAAAGGAUCUGCGAGUAUGAUGUUCCUCUGCUUCUCUGUGGUUGUGGCAGCCAGCACUGUGUUUCUGUGGAACAAGAAACGCAAUGCAGAAGAGGCCAAGCAAGUUCAAGACAUUGAUGACUCUGGGACUAGUGGAUCAACAUCCAAUUCGUCGUUUGAUCAAGAUGAUUUGGAGAUGGAGAGCCUUCCACUGCAGUCGAUAAUCAAAUCUGUCAAUGUGCAUUAUGGUCAGAGGCCUAACCUCAGGAGGAUUUUGCUGGAGAUUAAAGAAUCAAGAGUUGGAGCACUUGUUAGUGGGCCCAAGAAGAUGAGAGAGGAAGUUGCAGCCAUAUGUUCAUCUGGGCAGGCAGACAAUCUUGAGUUUGAAUCCUUCAGCUUCACUUGGUGAAUGUGUUAUAAACUUAUAAUGGAUCACAAUGUAAUGUGGAUAGAUUAUGGUUAAUAAUAUUAGUGGUAAUGUGUUUGAGAACCGCAUGUAUUGAUUUUGUCUAUGACGAACUGCUUGAAUAAAUAAAAGCAGCUAUGGCCGUUUGUGUAGAAUAGUUUAAAGUGUUGUAUGGUUGGUUUUUGUUUUUCCAAUAGUUGAGUAAGUAUUUCUGUCA